UGAUAAUAUAUACCACAUUGAACACACGCUAGUGGCACGUCCCGGCAUUUCGAUGUUUUUAAACUGAAAUAUCAGAGAAUAGUUUGUUACGCAAUAACAUAAGUAGGUAAAUUUCUUCUAAUUUAAAUGAAAUUAGGUAAACGUGUAGUUGAGGGCAUCAUAUUUUAUUCAUUAUGAGUAGGCUCGAUCAAGGGAUUAUGGAGCUAGAAGAGCCUAGAAGGUCCAAAAGCUAUUUCAAGGAGUACUGUUAUGUAUUAACCAUGGACCCCUCCCCUUGAUCGACAUCAACCUCUCCACAUUCUCCUAAUAUGCUACUAUUAGGACAGUUUUGCUCCUAAGUGUAUAUAGGCUAGGCGGUCGAGGCAGUAUAGGUAAAAAACUUAAGUAAGUCACCUGUUGUAUGUAGUUGUGAUGUGUUCGAAUAGACAAUACAUGUUUAAAAGACAAACAAAACAAAUGUCUAUUCGAACACGUCACAACUACAUACAACAGGUGACUUACUUAAGUUUUUUACCUAUACCUAUGUAUUGUAUUAUGUAUUAUAUUGCAAAGUAUCGAAUGAUUAUGACGCUGAAUUCCGUAGAAGAAUAUUUGAAACGAAUCUAAUCCACGAGAUAAAUUAUUGCCCUAACGAGUUAGAGACGAGCAAUGUCAAGAAUGACUGCUAUACAGGUACAGUGCGUUUCCUUGCAAUAUCUCUACGUAAUCCAUCAUUAUCCACUUUACGUGCACUUAAUCACAAUAACUAUAUAAUUGGCUGUAUAUUAGGCAUGACAGUAAGGUCAAGGUCCUAAUGAUGUCCACUUGAAGCCAGCGGUUAGGAAGCGGUUAGUUGUCGUUCCCUAGUCCCGAUUUGCUAUUACCUCGAUUAGUCUGAGGGUCACUAGCUUUACCUAGGUACCUCUCGCUCUCUAUCAACGUUCUGCUAACGACUAUAUUGUCAUACCGGAUAGAUAUUCGAUUAAUUCGUAUGCUACGGUAUUUAUUAAACUUAGGUAAAUAUUAUUGAACGAAAACCGCAUGACUAUAUAUUAUCAAAUUGUUAGGAAACGCCAGAAAUGCAAAUAGUUCGAAAGUAUUGAACAAAACGCAGAAAAUAAAAAAUACCCAUUGCAUCGUCUGAUUUAUGAGAUGACCGCACAAGACGUGCCCUAAUCCGUUUAUCUUAUUAAGUAAUUCAUGCCUGAGAUAAAGGCCAUUCAAUUGAAAUAAACUCGAAGAAAACAAUUUAAUUGCCGAUAUCCCGUCUAGUGCAGUUGCAACCAGCCGUCGAACCUUUAUCUCCGAGGUGUACCGACAGCUCACUAGGAUCGAGUCGUUAUCGCGUUGAACCGCGCUGCGCGUCGCAGCAAACAAGUUAGUUGUAGUGCGUCACGGCGGGACGCGGUGAUAAUAGAAUUACUAGUUGAAAUACAGUCGCGUUCAGAACCUAGAGAGCCGCAGACAUGCGGGGCAGCACUGCCGGCCUCGCGGACACUCUCGCCAGUGGGUCCCGCGCACAUGCCGUCCUGCUAGAGCUCGCCGAUGCACUCUUCGCGAGCAUCGUCGUCGCCCCCGCCGUGGUCGCCUACUGGAAGGCGACAUGGACGCUCAUGGACUUGUACGUUUUACCGGAGAACAGUGUAGGCUCCGCGGCGGUGUGCACCGCUUUCGGAUUUUGCUGUGACUUGUUGUUUUGCUUGACGCAGAAUCACUUGAGCAGAUAUCUGUGCCCGGACCGGGGCAGGUUGACGUAUUAUGUGUUGUCGAGACUGUACACUUGCCUGGCCGGGGUGGCGUGUGUUGGGGCGUGGCGGGGGGCGUGGAACCUGUUGAACGAGUGCACGGGUGACAGCGCGAAGACGCUGCUGUCGACGACGGCAGCGGCGACGCUGUCGCUGGCAGCGCUACGCUCGCUGCGCAAUAUUUGCGCGGCGCCGUUCGCGGUGGCCGUGGAUACGCCUCAGGAUUACUUUGAUGUCCCCACCAUGUUCAGAACGAGUACACGAGAGACGGCGCUAUACGUGCUAGACUGCGUGUUCUCCGUCGCUGUGGUGGGGUCGCUGGUGGUGUUCGUGUGGCGCGGCUCCUGGGCGCUGCUGGACAUGUUCCUGUUCCCCGAUGACCAGCUACGCUCCUGCUGGACCUCGCUGUUGGUGGGCUACGCGCUAGUGGUGGCGACAUUCGCCCUGCAGGCGCCGGUACGCUGGGCCGCGGCGCGCCUCCACGGCGCGGCGCGGCUGCUGUUGGCCGACGUGUACCAUCUCGUUUCCUUCCUCGCCACGGUCAACGUGUGGCGCGGCGUGUGGGGCUUGCUAGAUAUAUAUCUAUUCCCUGAUUCACCAAAAAUCAGUAAUUGGUGCACACACAUCGUGAGCCUCACGCUCCUUAUACUCCUAAACUGCUCCAACUCCAUUAUAGUGCGGGGAGUCUACAUAGACGGCGAGGAGCCCGCCGGCGAAUGCGUGGUCUUCCCUUGCCACUAUCUAAGGCUCUUCUUCCACAAAGAGAGAACCAAAAAGAGACAUAGACAAGCACUCGCCGCGGCUGCUCUUGCGGCCAACAGGAAGAUAGAAGAAGCCAGCGUACCCUUACAAAUGCCAGAGGAAAAAGUAUAGAAAAAACACCCAAAGCCUUAUAACAAUCAUUUUUAAGAUUUUGGUAGUCGACGAAAGGUAUCUUAUUAAUAUUAAAUAAUUGUUGUUUAGUUGUUACGAAUUUGUAGCCGUCAGUUACCCAGUGAAAAAAUAGAAUACCUAUAUCAUUUUAUAUUUUUACAUUACUAUUUUAUAUGCUAUCUUGAAAUCUUCAUAAAUAUUGUAAUUCGUUUUCGUUAUGUUUGCGUCGCCGUCGUAGAAGAAGAUACUCAAUUAAUAUUUCGGAGUUUUAAUAGCGAUUCAGUAAGUCGCUUCUUAAAAUAAUAUAUAUAUUGAUUUUAGGUUAUAAAAGAUGAUUUCAGAUCUAACUAGAUCUGUAGGCCUUAUAUUUAAUUUAUUCCAGUUUUAGUUAUUACUAACUAAAUUGGUUUUAUGUUGCCAGGUUUUGAACCACACAAACAUUGCGGUUUGUGAGAUAUUAUGUUUAUAAGUAGGUAUUUGUAAAUAUGAUCUAUGAAUUGUAGCUGUAGUGUUCUUGUUUCUUAAGAGAGCUUGGUACUAUUUGAAUGUAUGUAGAUAAGAAAUUCUGAUUCUUUAAAAUAUUCAAACUGCAGCAAAACAGUAUUUUUAAGAGUAUUAUUGUAUUUUCAAUGACUGGUUUUGUCACUAUACAGGGUAGGCGCGAAUAAUUCUAUCAACAACCUUACCUUAAAUUCUACUAUUUUAAUAUAGUAAUUUUCGGGAACAAAAUAAUUAAAUUUCUUUCUGUAAACAAUAACUACACAAUGAGUCUAGAAUUAAAGAUUUUUUUGAAGUGCUAAUUUUGUAAAAUAAGGAAUAUAUCGGAAACUAACUAAGCGGUUUUUAUCUUGAUAGGUAGUUAUCAUGAAAAUGUUCAAGCUACUUAAUCAGGAACCGACAGUUAUGGUUAGUUAGUUGAGUUAUUUAGGCCUACCCUGUUCCUACAGUGUCAGUUUGGUUAAAAAAAUAUGUAAUUAAUUUGUGUCAAAUCAUACCAGAUUGCCAAAAUCUUUAAAAUACCUAUUAUAUCUACACUAAUCUACCGUUUAUUCCGUUUCCUUAAAGUUUGCAUACUAUUUUACAUCGUCAUAUUAUUAUCAAUUUAUGAAGAUGCAAUAUGGAAGAUAUGUGAUUAUAAAAAUAGCAAAUCUACAUACUUAUCCUUAAGACAAAUUUUUUUGAUGCCAGCAGGGGCCUAACGGUUCAUCAAAAAUCGUCUAUAGCCCACUGUAUAAUACCUAAUACAUCAUUAUGUAUAGGUAGGUAUAAGGCCAGAGGUAAAGUAUUGGCCAGAGUUUGUCUCAUUUCAAACAUAGACAGAGAGAAUCAAACCGUACUUAGCACCCAAAAGAAAGAGAUGAGUAUAGUUUUUUCUUCUUAUUUAGGUACUGACAAAUUUGGUUUGACAGACUAUACCUGAUUAGUUAUUUUGUUUUUCUAAGCAUGUAUUCAACUUGAUUUAUAACUUACAGCACAUACCUACCAACAUAUUUAUUGGCAGUUGAGCUGGACUUACUUGUAAACUGCUUAAUUUCUUAACAUUCAUGUUUAAAGACCUUUUUGAGAAGGUGUUUUUCAGACUUAGUAAAUUAAAAUACAUAUAAAGAAUGUAUUUGUAAUUUAUUAAUCUAAUUUAGUGACUAGUCAUCUUUUAAGUGCCUACUUUAUUGUCACGAUGCAUUUUCUCAUAGGAUAGUAUUUUUUUGUAUCAGGUAACAACUACCUAUUAUUUUUUAUGUAGAUAUAUUACAUUACCCGAAUAUAUCCCGUAUACAUGUAUUCAUUCAUAACUAAACUAUAGGUAGCUACCUCCUUCUUAUAGGUAGAUACACAUUUUUAUACGUCAGCGGCGUUUUCAGCGGUAUCACACCAUACCUAUUCAAAUAAAAUAGAUGCGGUUUUCCUUUUUGAUUAUAGAUUAAUCAUGCCUGCCUCUUCAAGAUCAAUAUAUGUAUAAGAACCUAGUGCAAAAGCUAAGACAUGUUAUAAACGUAAACUAUAUACAGUGUGUGUCUUUCAUAACGACACUAAUUUCAAGGGCUGAAAGUAUAAGUCUUAAUGAACUGAAAUUAGCAUAUUUAGUUAAAAAAUAAAAAAUAAAAAUUUUCAUACAAAUUAAUUGGGCACGCAAUGUAUCAGUAAUAAAUUAAACUUAACAAUUGUCAUGUGAUUUCAUUGAAAUUUCGCUCUUAGUGACAUCCUGACACCUAUCACAAUUACCUACAUCUUACAUGUCGGUGACACUUUUGAUUGACAAGACCGUCAAAAAUCAUGACAAGAGACCUUGUUCGUAAAAAAAGGACUUAACCGCCCUGCUAUCGCGAAACACUUUGCGAAGUUUCUCCUCUCUUUCUCACUCACAAAAGUUGCUUGAGGAGAAACUACGCAGUGUUUCUUGGUCAAAGUUCUAUUAAAAAUAAAAAAAGAUUAAAAAGUUUUUAUUUAUUCAAAAAAUAAAAUCAAUCUCUGCGAUUCACUCGUCGAAGAUAACGAUGUUCGAUGUGACGUCCUUGCAUUCCGAUGCAAGUGUUGCAUCGGCGUAUGAGAGACUGAUGUACGCUUUCAAAAUUAGUGUUCUGCUGAAGUUUUUGAAACGCGUCAGUUAUUCUGUUCCGAAGAUCUUCAACAGAUAUUUGUGGUUUCGAAUACACUUCGUUUUUUAUGGCCCCCCAUAAAAAAAAAAUCUAACAUCGUGAGGUCCGGUGAACGGGCCGGCCAACGUCGAGGCCCAAAUCUACCGAGCCAGUGGUUUCCAAACAUGAAGUUCAAAUGAUUACGCACGCGAACUGCUGAAUGUGCCGGAGCUCCGUCCAUUUGCAACCAAGUCAGCUCCCGUGCUUCUUCUGGUAACGAAUUGAAAUAAUUAGUCAAUGGACCACUAAGCAAUUCCAGGAAUUUUUCGCCAUUGAGAUUUCCGUCGAUAAAUACUGGACCUAUUAUACGGUCACCAUGAAUGGCUGCCCAGACGUUUACAGCCCAUCGGUAUUGAUGACCGGUCUCUCUUAGUACACGAGGAUUUACUCUUGCCCAAUAGUGUGUAUUUCUCUGAUUCCACACGCCGUUCCGAGUAAAAGUACUCUCAUCAGUCCAUAUUACUCUUGAGGUAAAUUGGUGGUCGGUAUUGUGUUUGUUUAAUAGCCAGCGACUAAAUGUUAAACG